AUGGAUGGCGCCGCUCGUCCGCGCAGGUGGUGCGCCUCCACAGGUGCUUCCCUGCUUGUUUCUUGCUGUCUUUUAACCGUCUCGUCGCUGUAUGCCGCACAUGCCGCGGCAGCCUCGUCUUCAAGAUCCGCUGCUUCUGCCUCCUUCCUCGAUAGAACCGCCUCUCCUUCACAGGCUGCAGACCUCGCUCCUCCGCGGGGGCUGGGCGCUGGCGCCGACGGCGCAUUUGUUUCGGCUGAAAGAUCACCUGCCUCCUUCCAGCCCUCCACUCCCGCAGGCGAGCGCACGUCGUCCUCGGUGCUGGGAUCCAGUGGAGGCCUGCAGGUUGAAGAAAUUGCGACAGUGGGAUAUCAUACCGAUGUCGGGGCUUCGGCCGGUGCGACGCCUUCGCGCGUGACGGAGAAGUUCAUCCGCCACUACAAUGUGGCGCCGAGUGCGCGGGCGGCGGCUCUGUCCACCAGCUCCGGCAUUCCGCUCUGCCACAGCUGUUCGCACUUCGACGCAGCGCAGGGAGGCUGCCGCGUCUGUCUGCAUGGAGAAAUCACCUCUGAUUUCGUGAUGCCGAUGACGCCGAUCCGGAACAUCGACACCCACCGUGACGAAACCUUGUCUCGCCUUGACGCAAAUCACCACGCGCACCUGAACCAAAAGAAGAACUUCUACGUGCGCCGCGGCGAGGGGCCCUUUGGUUCUCUGGGCAACGCGCCAGCCACGCCCGGCUUGGAUGUAGCCAUUGCACUGGGCGUGAUUCCUCCCGAGCUGCCUUCUGCCUCGUUCGCGCAAGUGCGAAAUCAGCACCAGGCCGUCAGCACGCACACCCACGGGGCGUCUGAGAGCGAGAGCGAAUCUGACAGCCUGUCGGAGUCUGAGUCGGCGUCUGAGUCCGAGUCAGCGUCUGUCUCUCAGAGCGCAGGCACGGAGGAUCUCGACUUGAAGCUCGCCGCGGCGUCGGUCCCCAUCGUACAGAUGAAAGACAGUCAAUACGUUGGAGUCAUCGGCAUCGGGACCCCGCCCCAGUUCAUCCAGCCGAUUUUCGACACCGGCAGCACGAAUCUGUGGGUAGUUGGCUCGCACUGCAAUGACGACACCUGCACCAAGGUCACGCGCUUCGACCCCGCUCGGUCGUCUACGUUCAGACCCUCCAAUCCGCCAGUUCACUUGGAUAUCACCUUCGGUACAGGCCGGAUUGACGGCAGCACGGGCGUCGAUGACUUCACUGUGGGGCCGUUCGUUGUGAAAAAUCAAUCCUUCGGCUUGGUGGAGAGAGAGAGCGGCCACAACAUGCAUGGAAACAUUUUCAAGACGAUCAAUUUCGAAGGCAUUGUCGGUCUCGCCUUCCCGGAGAUGUCUAGCACGGGAAGUAUUCCCAUCUACGACAACAUCAUGCAGCAAGCUGCUCUGAAGGAGAACGAAUUUGCUUUCUACAUGGCCAAGGGCACGCCGGUAUCGGCUCUGUUUUUUGGAGGCGUUGAUCCCCGCUUCUACGAGGCGCCUAUUCACAUGUUCCCGGUGAACCGUGAACACUACUGGGAGACCCCUCUAGACGCCAUUUACGUUGGGGACAAGAAAUUCUGCUGCGACGAAGGCACGCAGAACUACGUCAUCCUGGACUCCGGAACGAGCUUCAACACCAUGCCUGGAGGGGAGCUUGGCAAACUCAUGGAUAUGAUUCCAGCCAAGGCUUGCGACCUAGACAACCCGGAGUUCACGAGCAGCUUCCCCACGAUUACUUACGUUAUUGGAGGCAUUGAGUUCCCAUUGACGCCCGAGCAGUAUUUGGUGCGAAGCAAGGGCGACAUCUGCAAGCCCGCCUACAUGCAGAUCGACGUACCGUCUGACUUCGGGCACGCGUACAUUCUCGGUUCAGUCGCUUUUAUGCGGCACUACUAUACUGUCUUUAGACGGUCCGAUGGAUCGCGGCCUUCUUUGAUUGGAAUCGCACGUGCGGUUCACAGCGACGACAACAGUGCGUACCUUUCGAGCGUGCUAAACGGGUACCCAGGCGCGCGUAUCCACAAAGAAAAUAUGAUGGUGAUAGAAAGGGCGAUGUCUUCUGUGUCGACGCAAGAGCUGUGA